CCAGUUGAAUGUACAAUACUUGUUUUUUUAUAAUAUAUAAAAAAAAAAAAACUUGUACUUUGAUGCUCAUUAGUCAAAUAACGUCCAGCUCCACCUCUGUAGAUGUUUUGGGUUGAGCUUGACCUAGUCCAGCUCCACUUCUGUGGAUCUAAUGUGCAGAGGUGGGUGUGGUUGUACGACCUUGCUCCACUCAUCACGCUCAAACUACAUCUUGAGAGGGGGAGCUGGACCUUACGAUCCUCCACACAGCUCAAUGAACCAGCACUCGGAACCAUGAAACAUCUCAUGGUUGCAAGUCGGACUCGCAUUCAAGCGGACGUUGUUGCCACAGGCAGCCGCUGGCGUUGUCUGCAGUUUCUCUCUUUCGAAUUAGUCAACAAGCAAGCUUUGAAACGUUAAACAAAUCUGAAUAGUACUUUAAAAGACCACGCAUGAGGCUACUUUGUAAUAUAAUUAUUUAAUUGUUAUCACUGUCAACUGCAUAAGUCAACAAAAUGCAGAGGGGAUUAACAUCGCCUAAGUAACGUUAAGUGUCAAUUGAUCAUGCGCAACUGGUGAAGACAAGUGGCUUUUCUCCCUACAUACGAAACUUUGGAGCAUUUUUUAACGGCGUGAUCAAAACCAACACGACACUUGAGAUGAUAACCUACUUCGUGAGAAAUUUAACAAGACGUCUUGCCGCACUUCAUCGUUCCUCGCAAUGACGGAGCGCUAUCCUUUAGCCGAGAAGGCCAUGUCGGAGGGCUACGCUCGGCUCCGGUUCAGGGACACGUCUCUACUGAUUUGGCAACAGCAACAGCAGGAUCUGGAGAAAGCGCCUCCGACCAAUUACCUGAGCCGAAGUCAGAGCUCGUGGUACAGCCAGUAUGGCAACCAGGCAGUCGUGGUCCAGGACAAAACAAGACUGAAAGACUCUAGCGGCACUGGACAGUCCCGGAUUUGUGCUGUUAUGUGAUGGUAUUCGUGUUGUGACUACAACACGCACAUUUGAGUGUUUAUGUCCAGUCAGAAAUACUGUAAUUUGUCCACAUGCAAUUAUUCAGACAAGCUGGUGGGCAAGUCUACACAGUGCUUCAUGAACAAAGCAUCAGUAUUUUAACAUUUUGCAAAGUGCAGCAGGAGUAUGAGGAACAUUGCCUGCUUGGUUACAGACUAAAAGGGACCAGAUGUAUUUUUAUCGCAUUGGCUAUCCCAAUUUAACAAACUGCGCAUGCCUUUAUUUUUGUUAAAGUGGGUUUUAUGGUAGCAGUGCUAUUCUGUGGGGAAAACAGCAAUUCAGAAAUUGCUGUUCCUUAAUUCUCAACUAGAUUAUACAGCAGUCAGCAUUUGAAGUUGAUCAAACCAUUUAAUUAAACAAUACCCGUUCUUAUGGGACAACUUUUUUGAUUCACUUCAGAUGUUGACUACUGUACUUUUACUUGGUUUCAUCCAUUAAAGAAAUCUGGUUACUUGUCCAAGCAACUAUUUUCAUGUUUACAUUACAUGUAUUAAGAAUUAAAUGUGACAGAGCAAUCUUAACUGUAUAGUGCACACUAAUAAUUAGGAUUUAGUCAUGGUUUCAGACAAGGCUUAAUAUAGUCCCAGACUAAAAUGCAUGUUUGAGCUGUUUUAACUGAAAGUAACUUGUACUGGCAUUUCUUAAAAUAUGCCUGUGCUAUUGUUAUGCACACCAGUGAUGGUUUUUCUAAGGCACGUUUAUAAAAGAAAUCAGGGUUGGUUUCACAGAUAGGGCUUAUAUUAAGCCAGGAUUAGUUCUUAGUUCAAUUAUGACAUUUAAGUAUCUUUUAUGAACAUGCCUUAGGUAAAAAAAUAAUAAUUAAAAAAAAAAACAACAAAAAAAACAUUACUGGUGUGCAUCUUGAGACAAAACAAUGGCACAUACUUAGGCCUAUUUCAAGAUUAUGUCAGUGCAAUUUGCUUUCAGUUAAAACAUUUUAGUCUGUGCUUAAGAUUUGUGAAUCUAUGGGUAAAAUGUCCUAAUGAAACUAAUACUCAAUCCUGGCUUAAUAUAAGCCCGAUCUGUGAAUACAGGCCAAAUAUGCUUGCUUUAUCUGUAUUAUAUCAUGCUUUUUAUGUACCUUUAAUGCCUUUUUUAUGCUAAUGUGAAAUCAAGAUCUUGAUUUGCUGGUACAUUUUGACAACCUCAUUACACCGUUAAACAGUAUCUUACUCUUACUAUUGAAUUUAAUGUCUUUAAAAAAAAAAAAAAAAACAUUAAGUGCGCUCAAAUAAAUGCAUCUAGAUAGUAAAAAGACACUCCUAUGGGUUUUUGUGAUUUAUUUACAAAAAACGAGGGGCUCAGUGUCCAAAUCUCCGAUUAGCUUAUACAUCAGAUAUUACCAUGGUAAGUCUGUGCCAAAACAUACUUGUCAACUUGCUUUCACUUGCUGAACUUAAACAUAUGCAGCGCUACCAAUUUUAAAAUUUCACUCGAAAGAAUGACAUUUACAUGUUAUAAACUGCUCAAAAAAUUUAAGAAAUAUACUGUAAAUUGGCAUGCAAUACACAAAUGUUCUCUCUCUUUCUCUCAUAAAAAAAGAACUAAAAUUCUCAGACCCAAGACAGAGUUGACGAAUAAGUAGUGAAUAUACAUUUAUAUCUGUAAUUAUAUAUCCUAUGUAUCUGUAUAUCUCUGUCUGCAUCGUUUUCAGUAACAUGAACCCCAGUAGUAUUUACUGGGCUCUGCUGGAGGAAUUGAGGAAGAGGAGCUGUAACAGAAAUUAUUUUAGAGACAAGGUAGGUUAUAGUCACAAGGAACAUGUAAUGCAUAACAGUGGUAUAAUGAAUAAAAUCAAAACAUAAUUAAAAGCAUCCUACAUAUAAGGAGGAAACCCAGGAAGUCACUUUACAUCACAAUUGUUUGAUGCUGAUGAUU